AUUUGUUAUUCACUUAUGGAGAAAGAGAAGGAGAGAGAGAGAGAAUGGAGAACAUUCGACAUUUUAGCCAUCCACAUGAAUUGGUGUUCAAUGAUGAAGAGCAGAGUGAUCAAAGUGAAGUUCGCUGCUCAGCUUGUUUGGAAUCGUUAUUGGGCCGCCCAAGUUUUGGCUGUGAAGAAUGCGAGUUUUACCUCCAUAAAAAAUGUGCCGAGGCACCUCUCGAAAUUAGUCAUUCUCCUUUUCAUCGUAAGCACCCUACUCUUACACUUGCGCUGACGUCCCUUUCCUGCGAUAUGUGCGAGGAAGACCGUUUGAUGUUUAAUUAUUGUUGCACUUCUUGCCUUGCUAGCCUUGACAUUAAAUGUGCUUUACGAUUGCAUAACAUUGAUGAAGAUUUCUGUGAGCUCAAAUAUGUUAGUCAUGAACAUCCAUUGGCCUUCAUUGCAAAUCCCAAAGAUGAACUCCAAAAAGCUGAUUGUCUUUGGUGUCAGAAACCAGUGAUAGACUCCCUAUAUGUUUGUCUUGAGUGUAGAUUUUUCCUUCAUAAACAAUGUGCUCAGUUACCCACUCAACUUGAUCACCCUUGUCAUCGCAAACACCUUCUUUAUAUUGAAGAUGAUAAGCUUGUUUGUACGCAAUGUGAGAAGGAUCAUUGGAGUUUGUUUUACAGUUGUCUCCCUUGCAAUUUUCACAUUGACAUCGAUUGUGUUCGGUCGAAGCCAAGGUCCUUUAUUGAAGUUAGUACUGACCAUGAGCACUCAUUCACUCCAUUGUUAAGGCAUGAUCCAUUCGUUUGUGAUGCAUGUGGCACUAAGGGAAAUUAUUUUUCUUAUAUAUGUACUACAUGCCACGUUAUGGUCCAUAAAAAAUGCACUUCAUUGCCACACAUCAUCAAUAUAACACGACAUCAUCAUUAUAUUUUGCACAACUAUUACUUUCAAAAAAAAGAUCUUGAAAGCCAUGACUGUGGAAUUUGUCUCACUGAAGUGAAAAUAGAGUAUGGCAAUUACAAGUGUUUGAAGCAAGAUUGCAAUUUUGUUGCCCAUGUGAAUUGUGCAUUGGAGGAGGGGAUGUAUGAUAUAAUUGAUCAUGUGAAUGAUCAAGAUAAGGAGUGUAGUGAAAGGUUUGCUACAAAUUCUGCCAUCACUCGUGUCAUUGAAAUGAACCAACAUGGAGAAGCCACAAAGAUAAAGCACUGCAGCCAUGAACAUGACUUAACAUUAGGCAACGAGAUCAAGAAAGAUGAUGGUAAAAAUUGUGAUGCGUGCAUGUUGUCCAUCUCAACUUCCUUUUUUUAUUGUCCAGAAUGCGAGUUCCUUCUUCACAAAACCUGUGCUGAAUUAUCCAAGAAAAAACAUCUUUGGUUUCAUCGAUAUCCCACCACCCUUGAUUUAGCGGACAUUUUCAGGUGUAAUAGGUGUAAUCGUGUUUGCAGUGGUUUUGUUUACAAGAGUGACAAAUGGUCUAGCACUAAUUUCUGUCUAAGGUGUGCUACAAUUUCUCAUAUCUUCAAAUGUCAAGGACACAAACACUCUCUCUUUUUUGAUUUUAAAUUCGAAGGGCGAUGCAACGCUUGUGGUGUCACUUGCUACGAUGGUGCAUACAAAUGCAAAGAUUGCACUACUUUUGCUUUGGAUUUUGCAUGUGUUACACUACCACAAGAAAUUCGGUACAAGUGUGAUACACACUUUUUAGAACUUACUUUUCAUGAUGAGAAUGAUGAUCCAGAACAACAUUAUUGUGAUAUAUGUGAAGAAAAAAGAGAUCCAAACCGUUGGUUUUAUCAAUGUGCAACUUGUAACAACUCUGUUCAUCCGAAAUGUGUUCUCGGAAAACGUCCAUUUAUGAAGAUCAAGAUUGGGAUCACUUUCCCAUAUAUGGUUCACCCACACUAUCAUCCUCUCAUUUUUGUCAAAAAGAGUUAUGACACCUGCUCUCUCUGUUGUCAACCUUGUCAAGAUGUAGCUCUUGAAUGUGUAGUUUGCACACCCAACUACACCAUCCACUACGAUUGUUGGGGUCGGUGAGUUUGUUAGCUUUCUUAUAAAGCGGAGGUGCAGUUGAAAAGAGCGCUUAGUGUUUUUUAUUGUGUGAGAUUGUAUUCCACUGUUUUAUGAAUUUUUGUUGGGUGUUGAUAUCAA